GUUACUCGCCCGUGCUGUCACAAAGCGCACUAUAACCUACGAGAAAGCACAGGACCAGGAAGAUCAGCUGGGAGAAAGGAGGUUGAACCCCAGAAUUUAGGCACACCACUUUGGAUACAAACAGAAAUAAUUACUUAGAUGGGAAGAGUUUCUGCCCAGGCGAUGUUCUGAACUGCGCGUUCGCACCUGUCCACUUAUUCCGUUGUAUAGCCCAUUGUCCUCGUUAUUAUUUGGUUAGCAGAAGGCACACACCUUGGUGCUUUUGACAGAGCGCGAACCCUCCUGUCCUGACGCGUGUAAAAGGAAUUUAACCCAGCGCAAAACCAACAGAACCAACCGCUCUCAGCUGCAUCCCUUUCAAGAGCCGAAGAACUUAACUGGCAAAGGGUGCCCUGCUCUGAAUGGGAUGUUAGUGGGAGCAUGGUGAGGCACCAGCCCCUGCAGGUCUAUGAGAAGCAGCUGUGUUUGUCAUGUCUGACCGGGAUCUACGGCUGUCGCUGGAAACGCUACCAGAGGUCACAUGACAGCACCACCAAGUGGGAGUGUUUGUGGACCCUGGUUCUGAUCAUUACAUUUUCUCUGCUCCUGAUCUGGUCCUACUUCUGGUUGGAGGCCCACAAUGACUACAACCAGUUCAACUGGAUCUUGUAUAACAGGUCGGGGGAGUGGAGUGACGGCACCGUCCCCAUCCUCGCCUCAACAGCUGCCGGCUUCACCUACAUCACAUUCCUCCUGAUCCUAGCCUUGGGACAUGUUGCCGUGGGACAGCAGCUGAACCUGCACUGGCUUCACAAGAUUGGAGUGACAGCAGCCCUGCUGACCACCAUUAUAGGGUUCAUCUCCAUCAGUCAGCUGUGGGGGGGGGAAUGGGACAUCAUCCCCCUCUCUCUGCAGGCGACGGGCCCCUUCCUGCAGAUGGGAGCGGUGGCGGCCGCGACCGCCCUGGCCUGGCUGGUCUCCGCGCAGGUCGCCCGCGCCGAAAGAACCAGGACUCAGGCCCUGCUGGUCCUGCUGUACCUGGCUGCUCUGCUCACCCUGUACCUGCUGCCCCUCCAUAUCUCCUCCCCCUGCCUGAUGGAGCGCAAACGCCUCCCGCUCCCGCCGGCCAUCAUCGGCCAACGGGGAGCCCCCAUGCUGGCUCCAGAGAACACCCUGAUGUCCUUUCAUAAAGCACUGCAGCACAGAGUGGUGGGGCUGGAGGCUGACGUGACAAUCAGCCUGGACGGCGUGCCCUUCCUCAUGCGGGACCGGACGCUGGCGAGGACCACGGACGUGGCGACGGUCUUCCCGGAGAGGCGCUUCGAGGACGCCUCCAUGUUCAACUGGACGGACCUGCGGGCUCUCAACGCUGGCCGUUGGUUCUUGAAGGAGGACCCGUUCUGGUCGGUGCAGGCCCUGUCCCGCGGGGACCGCGUCCGGGCGGGGAACCAGACCGUGUGCAGCCUGGAGGAGGUGCUGCGGCUAGCGGCUAGCUCCAACGUCUCGGUCCUCUUCCGCCUGCGGCGCCCCCCCCCGGACCACCCCCACCACCACAGCUGGGUCAACGACACUCUGGAGGCCGUGCUGCAUUCUGGGAUACGCCAGGAGCAGGUGAUGUGGACGCCGGACUGGGACAGGCAGGCAGUUCGGGAGGCAGCCAGGGGCUUCCAGCAGACCUCGGAGAAAAAGCGUCCGCUGAAAGAGCUCCAGGAGAACGGCAUCGUGCGGCUCUAUCUCCGCUACAACCAGGCCAGCUCACAGGAAGUACGUGAGUUCUCGGGGGCGAACCUGAGCCUGACCCUGUCCAGUGUGAAUGACCCCUGGCUCUUCUCAGUGCUGUGGUGCAGUGGCGUCUCCUCCGUGUCUUCAGACGCCCCCCACCUCCUCAGAAAGGUGCCUUACCCCCUCUGGCUGAUGAGCCCGGAUGAGUAUGCGGCAGUCUGGAUCAUCGCUGACCUCCUCUCUUUCGCUGUAGUAAUAGGGAUAUUUGUGUUCCAAAACUAUCACAUGAUCAGGUGGAGGCUCAGUGGGAUGCAGAGGUACAACCCGGAGCAGAUCAUGCUGAGCGCAGCGGUCCGGAGGUCCAGCCGGGACGUGAACAUCAUGAAGGAGAAACUCAUCUUCUCAGAGGUGAGUAAUGGCAUGGGGGGUGCAGACGAGCUGUCCGGAUACGAGGAAAAUGGAUACGACUACUACACUAACCAAGGCAUCGGCCAGUGACCCGGACUGCCCACACCCUGGCCCCUACGACUACUACACUAACCAAGGCAUCGGCCAGUGACCAGGCCUGCCCACACCCUGGCCCGGAGAACGUCACGGAUAUCAUGCAGAACUAUUGUGUUCACUGGAUGCAUGUAGGACUCUGGGAAAUGGAGCUCUGUCCCUUCAUCAAAGCUUAUGAUUGGUUGUUCUGGAAUCACCUGCACACCCCUAUUGUUGUGUGUAUACUGGAAAUGUAAAAAUACUGCUUUUGCAUGGUAGGACUGCAGUGCGCUUGCCGGUCUACAAGCACAUUCUUGCUGAUUCUUUCAGUGGUCUGCUCCCGUGAUAUUUUCAAUGUUUUCAAAUGCCCUUGGAUUUGCCUCCCCAACUGUGCCUCCUGGGCCUUCAACGCAUGACUAUUAUACUAAUACUUCAUGUUCAUGAUUUAGUUUACAUAUUUAGUCUUAUUCAGGAAUGAGUAUGGGUAUGACAGUCUGGAUCGUGGUUAUGUGAAAUGCGUUCAGGGAUUCUGCCUCGCUGGGAGUCUACCAUGUUUAAUAUACUGUAGCCAACACAGAUGUGACAGUGGACCUUAAGGUGAUAGCCUCUGCCAUUCCUCAGAGAAGUGUACGUUACAGUUAUUGAAAUGAUUAUUAUUUUCCAGUGUGCUUUCAUUCUUGCAUAUUUUCUGUACAGUGCAGUCUACGUAUUUAGACAACUGUUUUUGUUUUGGCUCUUGUACUCCAGCACACUGGUUUGGAAAUGAAACAAUGAAUGUGAGGUUAAAGUGCAAACUGUCGGCUUUAAAUUGAGCAUAUUUACAUAAAUGGGGGAUCAAUGUAAAAAAAAUGACAGCCCUUUUUCUACACAAUUCCCCCAUUUUAGGUGACCAAAAGUAAUUGGACAGAGAAGUAGUCAUAUUUAGUUUGUGGUUGCAAUGACUGCCUGAGGCGUGUGACUCAGACAUCUCCACACACUGGAUGUCUCCCCUGGUGAUGCUCUGCCAGGCCUGGGCUGCAGCCCUCUUCAGCUCCUGCUUGUUUCAGGGCCUAUUUCCCUUCAGUCUGGUCUUCAGCUAGUGAAAUGCGUGCUGGAUUUAGAUCAGGUGAUUGACUCAUGCCAGUCCUGUGGGAUGAAGCACCAUACAGUGAGUUGAGCUUUAACCAAGCAGUUGAAUUCGGCUGUGACCAAUUUAUUCUGAUUUCACAGCCUCAUGAUGGCCUGCUUUACUGGCAUUUACUGGCAUUAUUUGUUGAGUGAUAACAGCAACAGAUUCCACAUGCAAAUAUCAUGCCUAGAAUCAACUCUAGACCUUUGCUUUCUUGUGUGUAAACUAAUGAUGCGAUGACACACAGCUGGCCAAGAAACAGCCGAGCAGCCAAUUCUCCAGUUACCUUCGGUCCCUUAAAGUUGCAAGGCUAUGUAUGAAAGGUUCACCCAAUAUGAAAGGUGACAGUCAUUCCCUGAAAGGUGAAAGUCAUUCAUUUGUACAGAGCCAAAACAAGUACAGAACCAAAAUGGAAAAAAAACUUUGUGUCAUUGUCCCAAUACUUACGGACUGCACUGUAGUGAUGUUGAGUAUAAAUGCUAAUUCACCAUGAUUCCACUGAACUAGCCUGGUGUGAAGCUGUUAACUGUAGAGGAACAGUGCGUGAGUGUGUGUGUUAUCUGUUGUGCCGUGUCACACUGUGUGUAGCCAUCAUAGUUAGUGUUUCUACCACAUCGUGCUCUUCUGUUUGGAGUGCUACAUAUACUCUUAGAGUGAACUUGUGUUGCUGCUUUAGUGUGGUUUUGGUCAUAUGCAGUUACACUGUGGUAAAUAGUCACUUGCUGGUUAAGUAUUCCUUUAAACCUUUUCCACUCUCAGAUUUAUUUUUUAAUAAGACUUGAUGUGGUGUGUCAGUCAUGUAAAAAAAAAAAAAAAAACCCAUAAUGUGAAAUGUGAUCUUGUAUUUUUUAUUUUUAUGUUAUCAGCUGAUAUCAAAUAUAUGCCUUUUACAGAAAAGGAUGUAUAUUUGAGUUCUAGAUUCACCCCAAAUAUUUUUGCUUGUUAUUUUGAAAGAGUUUUUUCAUACUGUAUUAAAUAAGAAAUAAUGUUGUUGUAAAUGCUUCUUCAAACAUUUCUCAUAGUAUCAAAAAAUAAUAGAAUACUAUAUAGCAAAUUUUCAUAUUGGCGCAAAUAUCCUGCAAAUGAGAAAAUAUGCAUUCAAUAUUUUUCCUUUUUUUUUUGUGACGGUGGCUGUAUGAACUGUGAAAUUAGUUUUAAGGAGAGUAUUAACCUAAUCUAAUGCAGUGCUGCACAUACAUCUGCAAAGGAACCACAACUGUGCAUUAAGGUUUCAUUAAGGUUUUUGCGUGCCUCAGAUGACCCUAAUUAAAGAAGUUUCAGGUACGAAAGGGAUUUUCUCAUGUCAUUCAACAGGAAGGAACCUAAAUGGACAUUUCUGAACAUUUGCACUGAAUUAAAUUAUGUAAUCAUUAACCUUGUGGUUCAAGGUUUUGUUCCACUGAGAAAAUCAAAUUUUCUGUAUACUACUUUUUCUAUAUACUGCUGCAAAUCCCUCAACUAUUCAACUUUCAGGGUAAUAACACCUUUUGAAUGAUUAUGCCGUGUGUGGUGAAAUUGGUAUAAUUAUUUACCAUUUCUAUCUUUGGAGUCAAUUUUCUCAAAACCUGAUUUUGGACGAUAUUUAGGACUAUCAUUGGAUAGUCAUCAUAUUAUCAUGGAACUUUGCUAACCUUUACAUCAUAUCCAGGAGAGUGUGUUGAACGAAUUAUUGUCUUAUUAUAAGCUUUAUGGGAACAGCAUCACAAAUCUCAUCAUUAGAUCCUGAAAUUUCAUAAUUUUUCUUCAUGAAAAAUCGGACAUUUUAGAAAAAUGACUAUUGGGUACUGGUGAUAAAAAAAAAAAUGGCAGGUUUAAUCUUAAACGAGUCUUAUUUAGAAUCUUUUAUAUAUAAUUAAUAAUAAUUAUAACGAUAUCUUACUUGGUUCAGAUUAUAGACUGCUACAAAAAUGUUCAAAUUUGUAAUUUCAAUCGUCUUGAAUAACAUAUGCAAAUGAGCUCAUUUACAUAUUUUAGAAUUUAUCUUUUCAAGUCCAUACCUCAUGAUAAUUGAAGUAUGUACCUCUGACAGGAUCAGGAAGACCAAAGAUGCAUUUUCAGUGGAACAUAACCUUAACUAGCCCACAGUAUCCCUGUCUCACAAUAUCCUGUUUAUCUACCAGCCCACUGAAGUUAAACUAGCUCAUGACGUGGACAUUGUAUGUGUUAAUUGUGACACAGGACUGUAAUUUGCCAAUCCAUAAAUUAAUCAUAAAUUAACAUAGUCUUCACAGCAAAUAAGGAAUUCCAAUGUUGACCAUAUACCCAAGUAUUUAUAUUGGUAUUGUUGAAUUACUGUGAUACAUUGUCUUAUGAAUUGAUCACAUUUUCUCUGAGGUUAAAUAUGCAUUCAUGAUCUUCAUAUUUUUUGUAAAACCUCUGUCGUGUUAUUUUACAGUUGAUGUUCUGGAAACAUCUUUAUGAAUAGAGUUCUGUCUUAAUUUUGACUGUUUUCUGUGUUCUUUUUUUAUUGUUGAAAUUUUGUGUAACUUUUUAUAUUCAUAUCCAAUCCUUGACCUCCCAGAAAGUAAAUUCAUCUCCUUCAGAACUAAUUAACCUAUUACUGUAUGCUCAUGACAAAUUCUCAUUUAUUUUUAUUCCGCUUAUGAAACUUCAAGGAAAUCAUUGUCUGGACAUUUUCUCAGAAUGAUGCAGGGACAUGGUUCUGAUUACAGACCCCAUCUAUAUUAACAACUCACGGAACACAGGUUUUAAUUCUGUAUUUUAUGUCAGUUUAAUAAUGAAUUAUGCUCUGUAUUAUGACAAA